AUGUCUGGACGUGGAAAAGGUGGAAAGGGACUCGGAAAGGGGGGAGCAAAGCGUCACCGCAAGAUUCUUCGUGACAAUAUCCAGGGAAUCACAAAGCCCGCUAUCCGUCGUCUCGCUCGUCGUGGUGGUGUCAAGCGUAUUUCUGGCUUGAUCUAUGAGGAGACUCGUGGUGUCCUCAAGAUUUUCUUGGAGAAUGUCAUUCGUGACUCUGUCACUUACACCGAGCACGCCAAGCGUAAAACUGUCACGGCGCUCGACGUUGUCUAUGCUCUGAAGCGAUCCGGCCGCACCUUGUACGGGUUUGGUGCUUAA